UUAAGCUGUGCAAAUUAAAAGUUAAAUGCACAUACACAAUCCUCUCUGAAAACAUAUAUAGCACAAACAACACCACACUCAGGAGUGGACAACAAUUAUUUAAAUUAUUUCAUUUAUAUCUUUUGUAUUUAAUUAUAUUUUAUGCAAUCUAUUCAUCAUAACCCUUUCCCCCCUCGUAUUUGUUCUUCUCUUGGAGUGAGCACCAUUUGAUGUUUGUUGUUCUUGGUGUGUUGUACACUGUGUACCUGAACAUCAUGUGUACAAAGACAAACAACUGGAAAAUGGACAAAGAAAGUGACUGUAUGAAAAUACAUAUUGUUAUGUUGUUGAAAAUAAAUAUAAAAAGUGAGUUAAAAAAAUAAUUAAAAAGUUCGAUGCAGAAGUACAGCAGCCCCUCGCAACUUUUAUAUUAACAUAUUUGUUAAUUGUAUAUCCUUGAGUUGGGUAAGCUAUAAAAUAAUGAACAAUGAUCUCUUCUGAGAAUAAAAAGCAACACUGAGCACAAAUCCAUCACAGAGAUUACAGUACAAGAUGCACAGGACUGAAAGCUGCUCAUGAUACUCGUCAUUCAAAACAAAUACAGUACAUUUAACUACAACGGGCACUCGGUAGAGCGCAUACCUUCGCAUAUCACAAGAUUGGGCAUUGAAUUAUGAACAUUUUGGCAUUAGUUGCAUGCCAAUUGGAUACAAAUUGACCGUGCUAUGGUAAAAAGAAGAUUUUGACCUUUUAAUGACCUUGAACUUUGACCCGAUCGAUCCCAAAAUCUAAUCAAAUGGUCCCCGGAUAAUAACCAAUCAUCCCACCAAAUUUCAUGCGAUUCGGUUCAAUACUUUUUGAGUUAUGCGAGUAACACGCAUACAAAUAAAUAAAUAAAUAUAUACACGGCGAUCAAAACAUAACCUUCCGCAUUUUCAAUGCGAAGGUAAUAAUAAAGAACGGGCAGAUCUUGCAAACCCGUCUGUGUUUAAGAGGCGAACCGAAAACAACAUCUGGUGAGCGAUGCCGGUCCGUCUCCUCCCUCUUUAUCCUCCCUCUGCUCAUGAGACUGAGCCUCCUGCAUCCUCGCUCUGCUCGAUUCUGGACCAUAAAUCACAAGAAGACGUGUUCUGGCUCGGAAGAUCGGCCCUCUGGUAGCGAAACGGGAUGAAUUACAGCGUCUUAAGAAAUGCAUGAGCAUAAUUACGAGAGAUGAUUCAAGAUGUUCCUUCUGGGAGGCGCAGAAGGAGUGUUUAUUGUCUGAGACCAGAGAGGCCUGUGGUGCAGCAGUGAACUCUGGAUCUUGUGUUAAAGAACGUUUGCAGUUAAAACGAAUCGUUCGACAUCAAUAAGUCAUCAUUUAGAUUUUAUGUUCAUAUACGUUGGAUUGUUUUAUGGUUUCACUCGGUCCCCGAAGAGACAUUUUGAAGCCUGGAUUUGUUUCUUGAAUCCUAUCUUUGUCUCCUGGAAAAUCCAUGCUUCAAAACAAACACCGGACUUUCGCCCAGGAGACCACUGUUUGGAUCUCGUGCAAAGAAAAAGAGAAGUAAAUAAUAACACAUUUUGUCACGUCAGUUAUUUGAGUUUCUUGCUCAGGGGCACUUCAGCAGGGUGCAACACCGGGCUUAUAUACCCAAGAAGUCCAAUUGAGGAACAUCCACAUUCAUUACGUCGAGGCUCAGUGUCAACAUAAUCCAAUUUUCAUCUUGAGCCUGAUGCUAAUCUGCAGCUCUGGAAGGGUUUAAUUAUGAGUCAGCUGUAGUUCCUGGAAGAAACGGAGAUGUAAGUGCAUGAAGGGCUCUUGUAAUGAUGAUGGUUCAGAGGACAGCGAGUGAACGCUUUUGUUUCCUGGUUUUUCGUUUCUCUUUCUCCGUAUUUAUUUCCCUUUUCUUAUGUGAGCUGGUGGUGUAACGCUCAGGAGAGGCAGCGCAGUGUCUAAGCCCCUUUUUAACCGUUGUACAAUUAGGUCUUUUUUAUUCUAUCAUACAGCCGGGCGACGUCAUCUGACAAAACUGUUUAUCUUUAUUUCACAGAUUCAACUCAUUCCGCAAAACAAAAUAAAGCUUCAAGCAUAAAACCAUCUGUUAUGUUCAAGACAAUUUGCAUCGACGUGACAAUUUUCCAAAUCCAAUUUAUCAAAAUUUGCCGGCUUCAUUUUUUUGCCGUCUCCAUCCACGUCCUCCUUCCUCACCGUUCCGUCUCAUUGUAAACAUUGUAAACAGCCGAACAUGCGCCCCGGUGAAACACAGGAGAGUAGUUGCCCGCGGGUCAUCCUCCCAUGCACGUUAAACGGCACUCGCAGGUUCUAUGGAGACGGCACCGAUGACGCACUGGCUAUUUUUAGACAUAAGUGGCCUGAAUUACCAUUUAACAAGUGCAGUUUUGCCAGCACAGUGGGGCUGCACCAGUCAGUUAGAUAUUCAUCCCGACGAAUAGAAGAAUAUCUGUCUUCUUGUCAACAAUGAAGAAAUGAGUUGGUUCACUAAGCUAUGGCAUGUUUGGGAGGUGUCACCCUGUUCCAGUGAAGGAGGUCUACACCUACGAUGUCUCCCCGUCUGUAGUGCAGCGCUUCAGGACGCUGCUGGAGAAGCUGUCCUACAGAGGCUUGACCUGGGGAGAUGACGCCACUCAGCAGGUUCUGUUAAAGGAGCUGUCCAAACUGAGGAGGGUUCCCUACAGGCCGCAGCAGAGUGGAGCUGCGUACACCACCGACAGAAGGCCGGUAGCUGAAGUGAUGGACCCAGUAGACCAGAGGGUGAAGCCCGUGGAGGUGGAGCUCAGCAGGAACCUGCAGACGUACCUCCAACGUCUCGGCCUCCUUCCCAAGACGUUGUCUGCCGCCAGUCUGAGCCCCCAGGGCAAGAGCGACCGUUUCCAGUCGGGCAUCCCCGCGGACUUCUACCGCCCCAAGCCCAAGAUCUCGUCUCAGAAGCCGCCUUCCUCCCCUCUGCCGGGCCAGAGACCCCCGGGCGCCCAGCUCCUCGCCACGCAGGCCGAGGGCGACCUUCUCCUGGGCGCCCUGAGGCGCUAUCUCUCCGGGCGCCUGAGCCCGCACGGCGGGAGGGCGGGCCCCGAGGAGCCCGAGACCCGCCCGAGGCCCUUCUACAGCGCGGCCGAAAACCCCGGGCUCCAGAAGGACACCGCGAAAUCCAGAGUUUUGAAGUCGGGGAGAACUCAAGGGGCUUCGGCCCGGGACCCCCUGACGUCCGUGGACGAGAGGUUCAUCGCCAACGUCCUGAAGAGCGUCGGCCGGCACCACGUGGACGUGGACGGCCUGACGCCGCAGGACCUGGGCCAGCUGUCCGGCCUCAUCGCCGAUGCCCUGCAGGUGGUGGACCGGGACAAGGGUCCGAACGGGGGCGUGACCCGCGUCAGACCGGGGCCUCGAGACCUCGGGGAGGAAGACGAAGAAGAAGAAGAGGAGGAGGAGGAGGAGGCUGUUGGGGAUGACGGAGAGGAGAAGUUGCUCCAGGACGCCGCGACACUGAAACCACAGGAGAGCGUUCACACGGCGCCGGCAGCACUUCAAGAGCGCCACACGGAUGCAGAGGAGAGUAAUAUGAAGGACAAGCCCGAUGGUGGAAUCCUCUUCACCAAGCUCCUCGCCUACCUGGACGACAGCUCCUUCAGCGGCGCCCCCUCGGCCCUCGGCCGCCGGGCGGGCCAGGAGAACGUCCAGAGCCGGACCAGCGCGGCGGCGGUGACGGUGCAGAAGAAGGCCGCCACCCAGUCGGUGGAGGAGGUGGCGGAGGUGCAGGGCUGGAUCAAGGACGUGGCUCCGCCUCCCGCUGCGCUCGUGUACGAGGAGCCGCACAAGAAGAUGAUGCACGCUCCCGAACUUCAGCUGGACGUCAAAGCCGGAGGGAAGAAGGCGGAGGAGGACGUCUUCGGCUACGUCAUCACCGACACGGAUGGACUCCAGACAGACGAAGGCCUCCAACUGAUGGGGAUCCUGGCUCGCAGGGCUAGAAUCCAGAUGACCGACUUCGCCGAGCUCUCCGUGGUGGGCCCCGCUGUGACCUUCAAAGUGAGCCCGAACACUCACAACGUCAGCACCGCAGAUGUGGCCAACGUGGCAGUUGAGCAGAAAGAAUCUCUGGAGAAGGAAGCGAAGCUCAGCAUCCUGGAGGCCGGCGUCACCGACGGCAGCCGCAUCGACCAGAUCCCCACCAAGUUCAGCCGGGCGGAGUCCACCAAGUUCCUGGCGCUCACCGUGGCGUCGCUGCUGUGCAUCGCCGCCGUGCUGCUGGCCUCCAGCGCCGUCUACUGCCUCCGCCACCGCUCGCACCACAAGCUCAAGGAGAAGCUCACCGGCCUGGGCGGCGACGCCGGCGGCGGCGACGCCACCGCCACCUAUCAGGAGCUAUGUCGGCAGCGCAUGGCGGUCAAGCCGCCGUCGGAGCGCCCGGAGCCCGCGUCCUCCCGCAUCAACAGCGUGUCGUCUCAGUUCAGCGACGGCGGUCCGACCGUGAGCCCGUCGGCGAGGAGCAGCGUCUCCUCCUGGAGCGAAGAGCCCGCCCACUCCAACAUGGACAUCUCCACGGGUCACAUGAUCCUGUCCUACAUGGAGGACCACAUGAAGAACAAGGACCGGCUGGAGAAGGAGUGGGAGGCGCUGGGCACCUACCAGGCCGAGCCCAACGCCUGCACCGCCGGCCUGAAGGACGGCAACGCCAAGAAGAACCGCUCCGCCGCCGUCGUGGCGUAUGAUCACUCCAGAAUCACCUUGAAGGUGGAGAACAGCCAAGGCAACUCUGAUUACAUCAACGCCAGCCCCAUCAUGGACCACGAUCCCCGGAACCCGGCUUACAUCGCCACUCAAGGCCCUCUGCCCUCCACCGUGGCUGAUUUCUGGCAGAUGGUGUGGGAGAACGGCUGCGUGGUCAUCGUGAUGCUGACGCCGCUGGUGGAGAGCGGCGUGAAGCAGUGCUACCACUACUGGCCCGACGAGGGCUCCAACCUGUACCACAUCUACGAGGUGAACCUUGUGUCCGAGCACAUCUGGUGCGACGACUUCCUGGUGCGCAGCUUCUACCUGAAGAACAUGCAGACCAACGAGACGCGCACCGUCACGCAGUUCCACUUCCUGACCUGGCUCAACCGGAACGUGCCGGAGACGAGCCGCACGCUGCUCGACUUCCGCAGAAAAGUUAACAAGUGCUACCGCGGACGCUCGUGUCCCAUCAUCGUCCACUGCAGCGACGGUGCGGGAAGAAGUGGGACGUACGUCCUGAUCGACAUGGUCCUCAACAAGAUGGCGAAAGGUGCCAAGGAGAUUGAUAUUGCUGCGACUCUGGAGCACCUGCGGGACCAGAGGCCGGGAAUGGUUCAGACCAAGGACCAAUUUGAGUUUGCGUUGACGGCCGUCGCGGAGGAGGUGAACGCCAUCCUGAAAGCUCUCCCGCAAUAGGAGGAGCAGGAGGAGCAGGAGGAGCUCCCCGAUGGACCUCCUCCUCCGUCUCCUUCUGGAGGACCGGGCUUAUGAUUUCCCUCCGUUUGCUCCCUCGUUCUCCAUCCCAGACGUUUCCUUUCCUCCCACCCGUCCGGUCUUAUCACCUCGUCUCCUCGUCUCCUCCCCCCUUCCUCUCCUCGUUGCUUCUCCUCCCUCACUCAUCCUUCUUCAUUUCCUCCUUUUACUCUGCCCUUCAUUCCCUCGUGUCUCCUCUCCUCUGACCUCCACUUCUCGCCUUCUUCCUCCUCCUUCUCUUCCUCCUCCUCCUCUUCCUCCUUCUUAGUAAACAUUGAACUCGCCCUGUACAUAGAUGUAGACGUUAGAUUAAGAAGAAGAAAAAUAUAUAUAUAAUAAUUUCUGUGGUACAUGAAUCAUGGUUUCCUCUGUGUGUGUUUGUGUGUGUGUGUGUGUGUGUGUGUGGCGGUGAUCACCGGUUCUUCUGUAUUGAUGUUUCUAGGAUUAAUUUGUUCUCAAAAAUAAAUGUUUUAAAAAAUGUAAAAAACUCGCUGAAACUGGAUGUGAGGUGAAAAUUAUAUAUAUAUACUAUAUAUAUAUAUAUCAAUUUCUUUUUUCAGUGUGAAUUCUCUCAGAGCAGAAGCAAUAUAAUCGUUAUCUCGCGACCGCCUUAAUUAAAACGGACGACGUCAGCGUGGGAACGCUUCCCCUUUUUUAUUUUAGAAGGGAAAAAAUCCCUCCUAUAAAAAAGAGAAGAAGAGAAAUCCCUCCUAUAAAAAAGAGAAGAAGAGAAAUCCCUCCUAUAAAAAAGAGAAGAAGAGUAAUCCCUCCUAUAAACCCCCAUGCGGCCUUCGAUAAAGAUUCCCUCAGCCCAAAAGUUUGUCUCCUUGACGAGACGCCAUCGAUCCGCCUGAACGCUGGAAUACAGCCGGGAAAAAAGAAGAAGAAGAAGAAAGAAACGACAGAAGAGAAGAGUCUCGCUCCGGCCGGCGGUUCUCGAUUCGUUGUUCCACUUUGUUUCAUUUCUGGUCAGCUGGUUUUCCCAGAAGCACAUUUUGUUUUUGGACGUUUAUUUAUUAAGAUCCUAAAAAAAAUCUCUUCAAUCUAUUAAAGUAACGGCGGCCGAGAAAACGUUGGUGGAAGUCCAGCGGGAAGUAGAAGAGAGACGGUGUUACCCUGUGUGUGUGUGUGUGUGUGUGUGUGUGCGGUCACAUCCAUCAUCUAAAUGCCUUUUGUGAAAAUCGGCUCGAUUUCACGACUUUUAAUCGGCUCCACGCCCCGUGGCCCUCGCCUCGUGGCGCUCGAAGCUGAAGCUGACGCAGCAGGCCGGAGGCGAGUUGAUGGAGUCGACCUCACGGGGGUGGAGCUCGGGGUGGAGCUCGUACCCAAAGAUCCCGUAUGUUCUCACAUGUGGAAACACACGGAACGGCGUUGAGGAUUUAAAUGACCUGAAUCUUCACCGCCAGCUUUAUUUUUAUGCCAGGAAAAACUCAACUUCAAAUUAUUGCGUUUUUCUUUCGCAGCUUUUGAGACGCUCAGUCGGUCAUUUCCCAUCUCCAUCGCCCGCUGCACUAACUCUGUACAUAACCCCCCCCCCCCCCCACACACACACACACACAAAAACAACAGAAGAUAUUUUGUUCUAUUGGUGUAAACAACAUGUGAAUAAAGUCUCAUCGUUGUCAUGCA